GCUCGAAGCAAAGCAAAGCACCUCGCGCUGAGAUUAGUUUUCUGUUUUUAUUUUAGCAAAGCUUGAUAUUUAGUGCCAAAAACUGUCGAAAACUUGCCUCUAUACGUUCCUAGUUGCAGCACGAAGGAUGUUAAUUCUUCGUUUGUUGUGUUGCAGUGAAAACUAUGGCACCAAGCGUCCAUCGCACAAGCAUCGUAACUUAGGUCUGUGACACGGGGCGGCGGAAACACUGCCAGAUUCCAUCAUCGUAUGGAACAGCUUCCCUUGCUGCCUCUACAUUGCGACAAAUUCAUCCCCAGUGCGGACAUUACACGUAAAGUCGGUUCGCGAUGUGUCGAUAGCGGAAAUGCAGCAGAUUGCACCAAAGAUUCCGUGUGAAGAACUUUCCAUUUGAUGCCCGUGGAAGACAACAUUGUUUACUGUGUGACUGUGUGAGUGUGCGCGGGUGUGUACGUGUGCGUGUGUUUGUCCCGUACCCGUAUGGGUGGUACGGAGGCACGAAAGAAAGCCACUGCUCCUCGGGAUAAAACCAAACCACCGCUACUACGAUGAAGCGACUUUCCUACACCGUCCAGUAUUAUUUGGGAAUGUUGGUGCUGGUGGUGGUGGUGCUGCUGCUGGGGCCGAUUCCGCUACGGUGCCAGGGAGCGCUAGCGUCCUCUAGCACAAUUUUUGUAAAUAGCCUAGUUCCAUUGAUAAGCAAUGUAAGUGUAAGCGUACCGAUAAGUUCCGAUAACAAACGAGUGCCUUCGGUGGCGGUGAUAUCUUCUCCUACAUCAUCGUCACCCCCGUCUACGUCGUCCGUGACACCUUCGAUACCCGUUACCGGCAAUGCGGCAACAUCAUCUGCCUCCGGUCCCGUGGAAUACGGGAUCCAGGAGCUGGCGAAAUCGCUCGAAAACACCUUCGAUCACAUCCGAAAUGGGGAGCUGAGUGUCACGAAUGUGCAGAAACUGUACGACAACAUGGAAAUAACGACAACGAUACACAACGAUGUAGAGCUGCUGGAGAGGAUCGCUCUGAAGCUAACACGGAAACUCAACCAGACCAUUGCGGUAAUUGAAGAGCUGCGCCGAUACAUCCAAACUACCGGCACGAAGUACGGUGCCAAGUACAACACGCUCCUCAACCCGUGCCCGUACAGUGAGCUCAUCAACCCGUGGGAAGACGAAGCACCGUUCGAUCUGCAAAGCUUCAUCCAGAGCACGAAGCAGUCGAACGUGUCCCUUACCCGUCCGUACUCUGCUUCCGGCGAUAUCUUGGUAAGCGGUGGGGGCGCUAACAACAGCGUCGUUACCGGUUUCCUCGACUUCAGUGCCUUUCCGGCAAAUGCGGACUCCGAUCGUCCCAGGAUCCGUGUCACCGAUCAAACGAUCGACGACAAUAACGCCAACCUGCAGCAGCUCUUUGCCGAACACAGUGCGCACUUGGAUGAGCAUUACCUGAGCUAUCGGCAGCAGUUCUACCUGUCCUCGUUGGAUCAUGCCAGCGCGUACAAGUGCCACUACUAUCCCCGUGAUGGCCGGCUGAAGGCACUGUUCCUAUCGGCGGUGCGCAACAAGCACGUGCUGAUCCUGCUGGACGUCGGCAACACGAUCACGUACGAUCAGCUCGAGGUGGCGAAAGCCAUCAGCAAGUUUGUGCUGUACCUGCUCAACGAAAACGAUCGCGUUGCGGUGGUAGCGGUCGGGCAGCGCGUCAUCACGUCGGACGACUUCUUCGAUUGCCGCGCGGCGAACCGGUUUGUGCGCGCAACGAUGGACGAGAAGGAUCGGCUGGUGGACUUUAUUGAUUCGCUGAAUCGUACCAAACAAACGACGGAUCAUGCCGCGGGCUUUCAGUACGCGUUUGAUGCCUUUUCGGACAUUUACCGUACGCAUGAUGAUGAAGUGCCGAUCGUUUUCCUGUACCUUGGUCGUGCGCUGUUACCGGCCAGCUCGGCGGCACCGAAAGCCAUCCUGCAAACGAUUCACGAAGGUCAAACGCGCCUACCGUAUCCGGUCAUCAUCAACAGUUGCUUGAUAUUGCUGGACGAACGGGAGGUGGCACAGGAGAAGCAGCUGAUCGCUGACAUUAGCACCCAAAACUAUGCCCGCUACAACCUUUCCCUGGUAAUCUAUCCGGCGGGAAAGAUGGUCAUGAUAUCGAAGCAUUCGUUCGAUGCGCAGCGUUUCAUAGUGGCGCUGAUGGAACCGUUUCUCAGUGCGGGCCGAUUCAUCGAGGAGCAUUUGCGGAUCCAUUUGCCGUACUAUGACGCGUCGCUGCAGGAUACCCUCGUGACGGUAAGCUAUCCCGCCGGAACGCAUGGACUCGUGGGGGUGGAUCUGUACCUGAGCGAUCUGGUCGAGCACGUGGCGUACUACCGGCAGCAGGAUGAUUCGUACGCCUUCCUGAUCGAUCUGCAGGGCAACACAAUUAUGCAUCCUUCGUUCCCGCGACCACUAGCGGCACGGGGAAGCUUCUACAUCACGAACAUCACGCGCUUGGAGCAGGAACAUUUCGCACCCGCCUUCAAGCGCAUGCUGGCCGAUCCGGAAGGUAACUUGCGUAUCAAUCACUAUGGCACGAACCGGACGACCAUGUACUACUGGAAGCGAGUGUACUCGUACAUCGUGUGCAUCGUGCGCACGCUGGAUGUAGCGGAGCCGGACAACUCCCUGACCGUCGAUGGCGCCUCCCGCAUUCUGCACGCACCGAUACACUACCUUCACCCGGGCGCAGAAACGCCCGACGGAAGGAAUAGCGUGGAGUACAACUUUAUCGCCGCUAGCAGCGUCACCGCGAAAAAUCUGCUCUCCACACUGCUGUACCAUCGUAUCGACAUAUUUCCACCUCAGCUGCAGCGACCGCCCGUCGAAAUGCUACCGUCCGGUGGCGAUGGAUCGCUGUGCAGGCUGGUCAAGCAGCUGGCGGUAGCGGACGCUAGCACGCUCUACCUCAGCGCUUCCUCGUUCCAGUCGCCGUUCACGCACAUUCGCAACAACCGUGAAGCCGGCGCGGGCGAAGAGGUGAACGUGCGCACCAUUCAAAACAUUAUGGCGUACCUAAGGGACACGUACGGCAAGCUGCUGUUCGCUAACCCGGGCCUGCAGCCGGACGUGCGCAGUGAUGUGCUCGCGCUGCUGCAAAUUCUCUUCGACUAUCAGCUGCACCACGUGCAGAGCAAUCUGAGCCGGUACGUUGUGCGACGGUAUGCGGCGACGGUGAACGGUGUGCUGCAGACAUUCCCGGGCGGUUUGCUCGAUACCGAUCUCGAACCGACCAAGCGGCCGUGGUUCGUCAAAGCGAUGGAGUACCCGGGACGGUUGGUGUUCACCCAGCCGUACCUGGAUGCGGGCGGGGCCGGUUACGUCGUGAGUGUGGCGUACGCCAUAUUCGAAGGUCGCACGGGAGGUACUGCCACCCCGUCCGGCAGCUCUCCGCACCGACCGAUCGCCGUUGUAGCGAUGGACUUUACGCAGGCAUUCUUCUACAAACUGUUGCUCGACUCAGCGACGGUUUGCAGUAUGGAUAACAUCAAGUGUUUCCUGAUGGACGAUCGAGGCUAUCUGGUGGCGCAUCCGAUGCUUGCGGAUCCGCCGCUGCGGCCCGGGAAUGCGCGCCGUCCCGUGGAACACAUCACGCACAAGGAGUCGCAGGUGGCGAACGACAUUCUCAACCACAAACAGUUGGUCACGAAGAAGAUGUGCUACAACUAUGUCAAUCGGACGGUGCAGCGGUUCUAUCAGUUCAAUAUGAGCCUCUCGGCAUCGGACGUCAUCACUAAUCUGAUGUACGGCGAGAAAACAAAGUACCAGAUAACGCUCAUUCCCGGCACGAAUAUGUUCCUCGGCAUUGUCAACUCGACGAACGAUGGUGGUGCCUUCUGUCCUUGCAGUACGGUUGGCAACUCCUGCCUGAACUGCAAUCGGAUGGAGCAGACCGAGUGUGAGUGUCCGUGCGAAUGUCCACUGGACUACGGUGUAUCGGAGCAGGACGGUGGCUGCGCGACGGUACCCAAGCGUUCCAAAACGGCAGGAAGCUUCCCGGUGCCGCUCUGCUCCCCACUGCCCGAGGAGCUUAUUUCGAUGAACGCCAUCAACUAUGAGGCAGAUUACGAGCUGAAGAGCUGCACCAACAUUAAUUGCGAGGAUUACCAGACGCAGAGCGAGUGCAUGGGAUUGGUCGGCUGCGAAUGGUGCCAGGUGGAUGUGGAUGGUGAAAAUCGACUCAACACACCGUUCUGUACCGCCCAGUUGGCCUGCUUUAACGGGGUGUUUGGAGCGCCCACACCGUACGGUGAUGCCGCUUACACCGGCAACAACAUGGAGUCCAUUUUGCCACCCGCGUACAGCUCGAUUGGGCCCGUGGCCGGCGCUAUAUUGGCGCUCUGUCUUGUGGUCGGUUUUGCGAUGUACUGCUUCCGCCAGAAUGCCGAUCAAAGUGGAGCGUCGGAGCAUUUGUACGACGAUCUGGUCGCGGAUCACUGCCACGGUUUGCCGCUGUCCCGUUUCGAUCUCGACGAUGGCAGCCCGUCCGACGAUUGUGACAUUAGCCGCACCAAUGCGAAGCAAAAUCUGCUGCUCAACGGGCAGCACAACGCCAACUACAUGAUUAUUCCGAAUGUGGCCUCCCCGUACCAGAUGUCGGCGGACUAUCGGCGUCCGAACGGGGGUGGUGGCGGAGGUUCGUCCGAUCAUGGGUACUCCACCAUGACGCACCACGAGGAAUCGGAACACCUGUGCCUGUCCAAUGUGGAUCCGCAGGGAAUAGCGACCGCGCACGGUGGUGGUGGUGCGCACGGGGCCGGUUCGGGCGGCAAACGGCUCUCGAUGUCGGACAGUGCAUCGAUCAGCACGUCCGUUUCGAGCCCGUACAGCAACCAUACCGGCGGUCCGGGCAGUUCCUUUCUCUCCAAGCCGCCGAUGCUCAACGAAUCGAAAAUGAUCGGCACGGCGAUCGAUCGGUUUGCGGAUCCUAAUCCGAUGCAAACGCUGCUACCGUCCCCGACGUCCAUCUCGAGAACGGGAGUGAUGGGAGCAACGACCAUACUGCCCCCCGGAUCGCCCAUCUCCGGCACGACCAGUGGGCAUCACAUUCUCGUCCCAGUAACCGUCCAUCGAAAUAUGGAAAUUUCUUAGGUUGAAAGCACUCUAGAGCGGAGAGGGGAAAGCAACAAGCAAAAAAAGGUACCUUUUGUAACCUUUACAUUGAUGCCACACGAUACAGAUUUCUGCAUCCGCUGUUUAUAAUGACGGAUGCGUUUAGUCCAUUUUAUAGUUUGUCGGCAUUCCUCUCACCAGUUUAGUUGUAUUACCGUAUGGCAAAGGAUGUCAAUAGCUUAACCCGCAACAGUUCAAUUCCUCUCAGUAGUACUUCAUUCCAAGAACCCAGUCGCAACCUCAUCGCUACAGUGCUAUUAUAAAGUUAUCAUUUAAAUCGUAUCCCCCCUCCUGACAAACGAUCAUCGAUCAUAAUAGGUCUUAACCAUAACCCGUCGCUUUACCCAAGAGACUGAGAUUACCUUUUCAACGGGGAGGGAAAUGCUUCCGUGAGCAGGAAAUGUGCCGAAAUCAAUUUAUAUAUAUAUAGCUGCCAACAAAAAGUAGUACUCUUCUACACACGACACUGCGAGCGAGCAGAGUUUUUGCCCUCGCCCCAAACUAAGAGAGACGCUUGCCUUUACAGUGUAUUUUUGUAUUUGUUUAAGUUAGAGUUUAAGAUGAUGGGUAUAAGAGCGUAUUGAAAAAGAAAAAACAAACACAUAACACACCUGCUUGACGAAUAUCAGUGCGGACAACUAAUACAGCUAAUAUCUUAUUGCUAGGAACCGUACACCGGUCGUAAAAUUAGUGGCCCUAUCAACUAUAUCCCCUCUAUUCCUAUUGCUCUCAGUAAAAGUGAUGGGGAAAGGCUCAAGCUUGCUGUUCGUUUAUUUUAAUGCAAUCGUCGGUAGCUAAUGUUAGACCAACACGACCAGCAAUUAACAUAUCAUUCGAUUAGGCCGGCUCACCAGAGCCCAACACAGGAAUGAAAAUUCGUCCCGGUCAUCACGGUUGUUUGCACACACUUGCUUAAACAUGGUCGCAUUCGUCAGUGUUUUUGUUUUAAUUAGAAUAAACACCUAAGUUAGCUGUCGAACGAUCGCACCAAACCAACACGAUCAAUUUGGCCAGAACGUACUGCCGGAAAGAGAUCGGCCCAGUUACAACUAUAUCCAACUGCCAACUAUACGCCGCCACCCAUCCAAUUGUGCUUCCUGUUUUGAUGUGCAGCUCUUUUUAGGUUUUGUAACUUUACACACUUACUGCUGUAUAUGUACAAAUGUGAUCGUGUGUUUUCCGAAUGAUUCGUGAGUUUUGUUUAAGGCUUACUAUUAGGAGCGCGCGAACACAUAUUUAUAUAUAUUAUACCUCUAGCGAAUUUGGAUUUGGAGACCCGCUGGUGCGGGAGAGAUUUUGUAAACUUGUACGUAAAGUUGUUUCUUUUUUACAUGAUUAAUAACUUUACACGACAACUGCUAAAUAAAUUUAUUUAAACAUAUGUCGCCA